GCUAUGUAGAAGUUAGUUUUCAAUAUAGAUUGUUUAAAAGUGCAGAGCUACAGUGGCUUCCUAAUAUCGGAAGGAAGAGAUACCAGUACCAGAACAAUGCCACCUCAAUGUCUCUACACCGUGCUUCAGAGAUACCAGCACCAGAACAAUGCCACCUCAAUGUCUCUACACCGUGCAUCAGAGAUACCAGCACCAGAACAAUGCCAUCUCAAUGUCUCUACACCAUGCUUCAGAGAUACCAGCACCAGAACAAUGCCAUCUCAAUGUCUCUACACCGUGAUUCAGAGAUACCAGUACCAGAACAAUGCCAUCUCAAUGUCUCUACACCGUGAUUCAGAGAUACCAACACCAGGACAAUGCCAUCUCAGUGUCUCUACACCGUGCUUCAGAGAUACCAGUACCAGAACAAUGCCAUCUCAAUAUCUCUACACCGUGCUUCAGAGAUACCCGCACCAGGACAAUACCAUCUCAAUGUCUCUACACCGUGUUUCAGAGAUACCAGCACCAGAACAAUGCCAUCUCAAUAUCUCUACACCGUGCUUCAGAGAUACCAGUACCAGGACAAUACCAUCUCAAUGUCUCUACACCGUGCUUCAGAGAUACCAGCACCAGGACAAUACCAUCUCAAUGUCUCUACACCGUGCUUCAGAGAUACCAGUACCAGAAUAAUGCCAUCUCAAUGUCUCUACACCAUGCUUGAGAGAUACCAGUACCAGGGCAAUACCAUCUCAAUGUCUCUACACCAUGCUUCAGAGAUACCAGUACCAUGACAAUACCAUCUCAAUGUCUCUACACCGUGCUUCAGAGAUAUCAGUACCAGAACAAUGCCAUCUCAAUGUCUCUACACCAUGCUUCAGAGAUACCAGUACCAGAACAAUGCCACCUCAAUGUCUCUACACCAUGCUUCAGAGAUACCAGCACCAGGACAAUGCCAUCUCAAUGUCUCUACACCGUGCUUCAGAGAUACCAGCACCAGAACAAUACCAUCUCAAUGUCUCUACACCGUGCUUCAGAGAUACCAGCACCAGGACAAUACCAUCUCAAUGUCUCUACACCGUGCUUCAGAGAUACCAGUACCAGAACAAUGCCACCUCAAUGUCUCUACACCGUGUUUCAGAGAUACCAGCACCAGGACAAUGCCAUCUCAAUGUCUCUACACCGUGCUUCAGAGAUACCAGCACCAGGACAAUGCCAUCUCAAUAUUUCUACACCGUGCUUCAGAGAUACCAGCACCAUGACAAUGCCAUCUCAAUGUCUCUACACCGUGAUUCAGAGAUACAAGCACUAUGACAAUGCCAUCUCAAUAUCUCUACACCGUGCUUCAGAGAUACCAGCACCAUGACAAUGCCAUCUCAAUGUCUCUACACCGUGCUUCAGAGAUACCAGCACCAUGACAAUGCCAUCUCAAUGUCUCUACACCAUGCUUCAGAGAUACCAGUACCAGAACAAUGCCACCUCAAUGUCUCUACACCAUGCUUCAGAGAUACCAGCACCAGGACAAUGCCAUCUCAAUGUCUCUACACCGUGCUUCAGAGAUACCAGCACCAGAACAAUACCAUCUCAAUGUCUCUACACCGUGCUUCAGAGAUACCAGCACCAGGACAAUACCAUCUCAAUGUCUCUACACCGUGCUUCAGAGAUACCAGUACCAGAACAAUGCCACCUCAAUGUCUCUACACCGUGUUUCAGAGAUACCAGCACCAGGACAAUGCCAUCUCAAUGUCUCUACACCGUGCUUCAGAGAUACCAGCACCAGGACAAUGCCAUCUCAAUAUUUCUACACCGUGCUUCAGAGAUACCAGCACCAUGACAAUGCCAUCUCAAUGUCUCUACACCGUGAUUCAGAGAUACAAGCACUAUGACAAUGCCAUCUCAAUAUCUCUACACCGUGCUUCAGAGAUACCAGCACCAUGACAAUGCCAUCUCAAUGUCUCUACACCGUGCUUCAGAGAUACCAGCACCAUGACAAUGCCAUCUCAAUGUCUCUACACCGUGAUUCAGAGAUACAAGCACCAGAACAAUGCCAUCUCAAUGUCUCUACACCGUGAUUCAGAGAUACCAGCACCAGAACAAUACCGUUUCAAUGUCUCUACACCGUGAUUCAGAGAUACAAGCACCAGAACAAUGCCAUCUCAAUGUCUCUACACCGUGCUUCAGAGAUACCAGCACCAGAACAAUACCGUUUCAAUGUCUCUACACCGUGCUUCAGAGAUACCAGCACCAGGACAAUGCCAUCUCAAAUUCUCUACACCGUGCUUCAGAGAUACCUGAGGGCCACAGAAGCGCGUCUGAAAGGGCGCGAUGACGACGCAGCCGACGAUGAAAAAGCCUCACGUUGGGCUAAUUGCAGACGCGUCGGUGCCGCGAGGGUUCCUGCGGUGAACGCGUGGACGAACUCCUGCGAUGGGGGGGGGGGCCUUUAAACCGUCGCCGAUUCCUCGCUCCGCGCGCCGGCCCCACUGCUACUGCCACCAGCACAGUGAAGUGUUGACACGUUAAGCCCUGCCCCACAUACAAGUAGGUCAAAUCCAUCCCUGCUAGUCGGCGAGCGCCUCCCUCCCAACCCAGCCUGCACACCCCCACCGCAACCCACUCUCCCGUCUCUCGCUCGCUCGCUCGAUCCCUCUCUCGCUCCCUCUCUCUCUCUCGCUGCUUUGCGCGUCUAAUUUUACCCGUAGGGUCGUGCGUCACGGCACAUAGCACGCGCCCUAUUGGCAUCAUCGGCGCGCAAACUCGCUCCUUGUUUUCGCUCCGGCUAUAAAAAAAAAAUACAACUCCACAACCUCCCCAUCCACCCACCCAAACCGAGCAGUGGCCGCCGUUGCUGCCGCUUGCGGGGCGGGCAUUUAACAGCGGCCGACGGAGAGGAGAACGCGGUGGCUUUGGCUGCGAAGGUGGUUGCGGUAACGCGCGCGCGCGCACGCACGCACGCGAUGUCCUUCGCGACGCAGCCGGCGUUCAUCCCCGACUCGUUUCACGAAGAUGAAGCGAUGGCGGACCAGCGCAUGGACAUCAGCUCAACGAUGAGCGAGUUCCUGGCGCCUGGCUCCUCGGGGCUGAUGCCCCGCACGCUCAGCAGCGCCGCCCUCGACUUCAACCGCAAGCGGCGCGGCAGCUCCCCCGACUACGACCUGGAUGGCUUUUCAUUCGAGGACUGCAUGGACACGGACAGAGACGACCAACUCAACAGAGUGGAAGGCACGGAUCAGCAGUGCAGAAACAAAUACUCCAAGGAGGCUCACAGUCAGAUCGAGAAGCGGCGGCGGGACAAGAUGAACAGCUACAUCGACGAGCUGGCGUCCAUGGUGCCCACGUGCAGCGCCAUGUCGCGCAAGCUGGACAAGCUCACGGUGCUGCGCAUGGCGGUGCAGCACAUGAAGACGCUGCGCGGCGCCACUAACGUGUACACGGAGGCCAACUACAAACCGGCGUUUCUGUCCGACGACGAGCUCAAAAAUCUGAUCCUGCGGGCCUCCGAGGGGUUCCUCUUCGUGGUCGGAUGUGAUCGUGGGAAAAUCCUCUUCGUCUCAGAGUCGGUCUCCAAGAUCCUAAACUUCGGCCAGAAUGACCUGAUUGGGCAGAGUCUCUUUGACUACCUUCAUCCCAAGGACAUUGCCAAGGUGAAGGAACAGCUGUCCUCGUCAGACACGGCUCCUAGGGAGAGGCUUAUAGACGCUAAGACGGGCUUGCCGGUGAAGACGGACGUGCUGGCGAGACCCAGCCGCCUGUGCUCGGGCGCCCGGCGAGCCUUCUUCUGCCGCAUGAAGAGCAACCAGCCGGCGCUCGUCAAGUCGGAGGAGAAGGAUUUCUCCUCCAGCUGCUCCAAGAAGAAGAACGACCGCAAGAACUUCUGCACGAUCCACUGCACGGGCUACCUCAAGAGCUGGCCGCCCACCAAGAUGGGCCUGGAGGAGGAGGGCGAGAGCUCGGACAACGAGGGCUGCAACCUCAGCUGCCUCGUGGCAAUCGGCCGCCUGCACCCGCACGUGACGGCGCACGCCCCUCCCGCCUUGGCCGCGGCGGGCACCGGCGGCGCGGCGCCACCACCGUCGCACCAGCUGGGCGCGGGGACCCUGAACCCCGCCUCCGCCCAGCACCAACACCAACACCAGCACCACCAGCACCAGCAGCACCACCAGCAGAACCACAUCCGUGUGCGACCCGCCGAGUUCGUGUCGCGCCACGCCGUCGACGGCAAGUUCACCUUCGUCGACCAGAGGGCGACGGCGAUCCUGGGCUACCUGCCACAGGAGCUGCUGGGCACCUCGUGCUACGAGUACUUCCACCAGGACGACCUCGUGCACCUGGCCGAGUCUCACCGCCUGGUGCUGCAGUCCGGAGACCGCAUCGCCACCAACCUGUACCGCUUCCGCUGCAAGGACGGCUUCUUUGCCACGCUGCGCAGCCUCUGGUUCAGCUUCAUGAACCCGUGGACCAAAGACGUGGAGUACAUCGUGUCCACCAACACGCUCAUCGCCGUGAGUUUGUCAGAAAUGGGCUCGGCGAGCCCCGGCCUGGCCCAGCUGAGCCCCACCUCCACGCUGGGCUCUCAGCGCCGUGGCGGCGGCGGGGACGACCGGGCGGAUGGUGCCACCGGGGGCGGCACCGGGGGGGGCCGCCCGGGCCCCGUGUCCGCGGGGUUCGCGCCCCUCACGGGGCUCGGUCCGGGGAACGGCGGCUGCGGCUCCUCCGUCAGCCGCCCGGUUUCCGCUCGCUCCUCCUCCUCCUCCGUGGGAAUUAAACGCAGCAUUCCCGGUAUUCCGGGCUUGCCGGGCGGCACCAGGCCCGGAGCCGGAAAACUUGGCCGGAUCAUCGCCGACGAGUUCAUGGAGACCACCCACAGGUCGCGAUCCUCUCCGUCCAGCUGCGGCUCCAGCCCCCUCCAGCUCACCACCCCUCCGCCGUCCGAUGCCAUGUCACCCGGAAACCGCAAGGGUUCAGCACUGGCCAUGCAGUCUCCUUCAAACUCGAUGAAUGGAGCCGAAAGCAGCAACCCUUACAGUGGUGGCCCCAUCAGUGACAACCCCUCGCUGGACCUGUACCUCAUGGACGGCUCGAGCAGCCCCAGCAACGACGAGGCGGCCAUGGCGGUCAUCAUGAGCCUGCUGGAGGCAGACGCCGGCCUAGGGGGUCCCGUGGACUUCAGCGACUUGCCCUGGCCGCUGUGAACACAGCUGCUGCUGCUGCUGCUGCAAUUGCUCCCACAGUUGCUGCUGCUCCUGGAGCUGCUGCUGCUCCUUCAGUUGCUGCUGCUCCUGGAACUGCUGCUGCUGCUGCUGCUCCUACUACAGUCGCUUCUACAGCUGCUGCUGCACCUACAGUUGCUGCUGCUCUACGGCUGAUCCUGCAGCUACUGCUCCUACUGUUGCUGGUGCUCUAGAGCUGCUGCGCCUACAGCUGCUGCUCCUGCUCCUACAGUUGCUGCUGCUCUACAUCUGCUGCUCCUACAGUUGCUGGUGCUCUAUAGCUGCCGCACCUACAGUUGCUCCUAUGGCUGCUGCUGCUCCUACAGCUGCUCCGAUAUUUGCUGCUGCUCCUGCAGCUGUGCCUACAGCUGCUGCUGCUGCUGUUCCUAGUUCCUCCUACAGCUGCUGCUGCUCCUACGGUUGCUGCUGCUUCUACAGCCGCUCCUACAGCAGCUAAGACGAGAGGACCACACCGCAGUACUUCAGGAACUGCUGAAAGUUUUUGCAUAAAGCACAAAGGCCGAGUGCUUUUUGUAGACGUCGCUGCACGUUUUUUUUUUUGAAAGCCUUCUGGGUUUUCCAGCCUGCGCUACAUUUCUGUAACAACGGGGGCUGUCUCGCCAUUUACACAUUCGGUUAACUUGGGCUGCCGCGCUAAACCCCCGAGCGUACACCAAUUCCCCGAGUGUCAAAUUCUAUCAUCGUCCGAGCCAUCUGGAGAAAAGCUGCCACAGUGACGCUGCCUCGGUUCGUACACCGGGCGCGCAAACCAGAGGUCGCGGCAGUUGAAGGAGCGGGAAAUCGUUCCUGGAAUCCCCCUUCCGCUGGCUCCGUCCACCCAGUGGUUUAAAACAUCUACGCCGCAGUUAGUCCAUCGGUAGGUUGCGUGCGAUCUGGAAAAAGUGUGGGCACGCCCAGAGCCGUCCCGACGGUACACGGCGAAUCGGGGCGACUGCCCCGGGCCCUGCGAUUUGGGGCUGCCCCCUCGCGCUUCGACGUCACGGCGUCAGACUUAAUACUUCCGGUGUAGUUUGAAGGUGUCGGGGGUGGGGGGUGGGCCCGCACACACCACCAACCCUAUGGACGGGCCCUGGGUAAGCCCCACUUCGUCAGUUACUCUGGAAAAGCGUUAGUUAUUUAUUGUGACAUUAUUUGGUGUAUCUUGUCCGGAAAAAAAAAAAAGUAUUAUUUUAAGUCGAGCAGCGACAAUCACGGCGUGACGAUAAUCGUGAAAAUCCGGACGAUAUGAAUGUCGUGGCUGCUGAUAAAGAUGCACUCCCACAAGGCCAUGUGGCCAAUGGAUUGUGGGAAGGAGGUGUUAUUUAUUUAGUGACGAACGGCCAGUUUUGAGGGCUUAAUGAACGAGGGGCGGGAGAAUCAGAAAAUGUAUUUAUACUGGAGGAAGGAUAGCGGUGGUGAUAAGUGGUGGUGGUCAACUUAGGGGAGCGGUAUUGUAGCGGUUGGCACGUUGCGCUACGAACCCGGCGACCCGAGUUCGU